UAGAAAUGCUUGAUCUGAUCUCAGAUCAGUAGGGAAGUAAGAUUUACACCAUCUCUUAGUGCUCAUAUCUCGUUUCCUGAUUCUCUUCUGGGUGUGAGAGUGGAACACGUUCAGUACUGUUGGUGUCUGUCUGUGUGUGUCCGCGCAUCACAGUAGGAGGAGCCAUCAUGUUUUUGGGGUCAAUCACCCUCCUGACCUUCAGCAUGUUUCUCAGCAGCCCUGUUGCAGGGCUGGGGUCAGUUGGGGGGCAGGGUUUCUCAGUGGUGUGGAACAUGCCUACUGCAAGAUGCGAGCGGCGUUUUGGCGUCUCACUGCCCCUACAGCAGUACGGCAUCAUGCACAACCCGGGACAGAGGUUUUUGGGUGAGAACAUCAGCCUGUUUUAUGAACGGCGUCUCGGCCUGUACCCCUACAUCAACCGGCAGGGCGAGCAAGUGAAUGGUGGAAUCCCUCAGCUGGGCUUUUUGGAGGCUCACUUGUUGGUCAGUAAAGGACAGCUACAGGUCCUUAUGAGGAGGAACUUCAGUGGACUGGCUGUGUUAGACUGGGAGGCGUGGCGACCUAUGUGGAGCAGAAACUUUGGACACAAACGGGUCUAUCGCAGGCUGUCUAAAGAGUUGGUGUGGCUAAAAUAUCCAGAGAUGUCAGAGAGGAAAGUGACUUCAGUGGCCCGCAUGGAAUUUGAGCAAGCAGCAAAAGAUUUUAUGGAGGAAACGCUGCGGCUUGGCCUCCGUGAGUGCCCCAAGGGAUUAUGGGGGUUCUACGGUUUCCCCAGUUGCUAUAACGAUCAUGGGGCAAAGCAUGAGGGGUACACAGGGCAGUGCAAACCUGGAACUGAGUCGAAGAAUGACAGACUGAAGUUUCUAUGGCAAUAUUCCACUGCCUUGUACCCGAGUGUGUAUGUGCGGCGCGUGUUGGCAGGAAACCCCAACACACGCCUGAUGGUGAGACACCGCAUACUUGAGGCACUACGAGUGGCAUCCCAGCAUGCACCUGGUUCUCCGCCACCUCCUGUUAUGCCCUACGCAAGAGUGGCCUUCAUACGAACUCUGAAGUUUCUAAAAAAGACGGACCUGGAUUUCACAAUUGGAGAAAGUGCUGCUUUAGGUGCUGCUGGAGUGGUGCUGUGGGGCAAUCUGGCUUUCGCCAAAUCCAAGCGUCAAUGUCUUCUUCUCAGGGACUAUAUAAACUCGGUUUUAGGGAAGUACGUGGAUGCUCUGCGUCGGGGUGUGUCGCGCUGCAGUGAGAAUGUGUGCCAAGCUAACGGUCGAUGCGUUAGACGCGACCCUCACUCCGAUCACCUGAUCCCACAGCUGGACACCACGAGUGAAUUUGACCCUGACUUAAGGUCAGCAUUCAAAUGUGUGUGUUAUGAAGGGUGGAGCGGAGAGCACUGCGAGAAGACCACCACACACCUGAGUGAGGAGCAAGAAACAGCUGACCGGAAUCACCAACAAACUCCAGCUGUUACUGUGAUAUAAUAUGAUUGUUCAUGAUAUUAUACAGUGGCAUGCAAAAGUUUGGGCACCCCGUUCAAAGUUUCUGUUACUGUGAAAAGCUAAGUGAGAAAAAGAUGACCUGACUUCCAAAAGACAUGAAGUUAAAGACACAUUUCUUCAACAUUUUAAGCAAGAUUACUUUUUUAUUUCCAUCUUAUACAGUUUCAAAAUAACAAAAAAGAAAAAGGGCACAAAGCAAAAGUUUGGGCACAAUGCAUGGUCAGUACUUAAGUAACACCCUCUUCGGCAAGUAUCACAGCUUGUAAAUGCUUUUUGUACCCAGCUGAGAGUCUUUCAGUUCUUGUUUGGGGGAUUUUCAGCAAUUCUUCCUUGCAAAAGUCUUAUAGUUCUGUGAGAUUCUUGGGCUGUCUUGCAUGCGCGGCUCUUUUUGAAAUCUGUCAACAUAUUUUCGAUGAUGUUUAGGUCGGGUGGACUGUGAGGGCCAUAGCAAAACCUUCAGCUUGAGGUAGUCUAUUGUGGAUGUUGAGGUGUGUUUAGGAUCAUUAUCCUGUUGCCAUCCUUUUUUCACCUUCAGCUUAUUUACAGAUGGUGUGAUGUUUGCUUCCAGAAUUUGCUAGUAUUUUCCCCGUGCCACUGACUGAUCCACCCCCGUAGAGAAGUGCUCCCUUAAUGUAAUUCUGCACCUUUUUUCUCCAAACAUACCUUUGCUCAUGGCAGCCAAAACGUUCAUCUUAACUUCAUCAGUCGGCAGGACUUGUUUCGAAAUGCAUAAGGCUUUUUUAGAUAGUUCCUUUGCAAAGUUCUAAUGCUGAAUUUGGUGGUAAAGACACAGAAAAGAUUUUCUUCUGAUGACUCUUCCAUGAGGGUCAUAUUUGUGCAGGUGUCUCUGCACAGUAGAACAGUGCACCACCACUCCAGAGUCUGCUAAAUCUUCAUUUUCAUUUGAAUUUCUCUGUGAUCACACAAGCAGUUCUCUCGGAAAGUUUUCUUGGACUUCCAGACCUCAACUUGACCUCCACCAUUCACGUUAUUUGUCAUUUCUUAAUUACAUUAUGAACUGAGGAAACAGCUACCUAAAAAUGAUUUGCUAUCCUCUUAUAGCCUUCUCCUGCCUUGUGGGCAUCAGUCUUUUUAAUUUUAAGAGUGUUGGGCAGCUGCUGAGAAGAGCCCAUGGCUGCUGAUUGUUGGGACAAGGUUUGAGGAGUCACCUGGCCUUUCCUAACAAUGAUUGUGAAUAAGCUAUAGCCCUAGCAAGCUAAUGAAAUGGUAAAAGUUCUCAAAAGUAUCAAAUCUCAUAAAGUGCCCAAACUUUUCCUGGUGCUCCUUUCCUUUUCAGUCUAAAAUUGUACAAAACAAAAGUUAAUGCACUAAUCUUGCGUAAAAGGUUAAAAAGAAUGUUUUAUCUUUAUGCCAUUUGGAGAUCAGUUCAUCUUCUACUCAC